CCCCACCCCCUCUCCCUCAUCAUAACUUGUGAUCUUGGAGGCAUGAAAGAAUUUGAGCCCUUCCCCCAGCCUCACCAUCUCUCUUGGCCGCUCCGCCAGGCUCCAAGUCAGAUCCAGUGCACAAACCGGAGGGGCCACGCAGGAGGUGGUGGGCUUGCAGGCGGGUUCCUCACCCAGUGGCUAUGGGUGGCAACAGUGGCCAGCCCGACGCCGACACUGCCGCCUCCCUGGCUGAGGAGUGCCCCUUUGGCUGUGUGGAGCUGCCCAGAAGAUCCACGGGCCGGCUCAUCAUGCACAGCAUGGCCAUGUUCGGCCGGGAGUUCUGCUAUGCGGUGGAGGCCGCCUACGUGACCCCGGUGCUGCUCAGCGUGGGCCUGCCCAGGAGCCUGUACAGCAUGGUGUGGCUCCUCAGCCCCGUCCUGGGAUUCCUGCUGCAGCCCGUGGUGGGGUCGGCCAGUGACUACUGCCGGGCUGGGUGGGGCCGGCGCAGACCCUACAUCCUCACCCUGGGCGUCAUGAUGCUCUUGGGCAUGGCUCUAUACCUCAACGGGGACGCUAUUGUAUCAGCCUUGACUGCUGACCCCAGGAGGAAGCUGGUCUGGGCCAUAACCAUCACCAUGAUCGGCGUGGUUCUCUUUGAUUUUGCUGCCGACUUCAUCGAUGGGCCCAUUAAAGCCUACUUGUUUGACGUCUGCUCUCACCAGGACAAGGAGAGGGGCCUGCACUACCAUGCCCUCUUCACAGGUUUUGGAGGCGCCCUCGGUUACCUUUUGGGUGCCAUCGACUGGGCCCAUCUGAAACUGGGACGAGUGCUGGGCACAGAAUUCCAGGUCAUGUUCUUCUUCUCCGCCUUGGUCCUCAUUCUGUGUUUCAUUAUUCACCUGUGCAGCAUCCCUGAAGCCCCACUCAGAGAUGCUGCGAAGGACAGUCUCCCACCACAAGCCCCCCAGGACCCUCCGCUGUCAUCAGGCAGGAUGUACGAGUAUGGGUCUAUCGAGAAGGUUAAAAAUGGUCACGUAAAGCCAGAGCUGGCGACGCAGGGAGGAAAAAACAAAAAUCCUGCCGAACAGACUCAGAGGAGAAUGACCAUGAAGUCGCUGCUGAGGGCACUGGUGCGUAUGCCUCCCCACUACCGCUGCCUUUGCAUCAGCCACCUCAUUGGGUGGACCGCCUUCCUUUCCAACAUGCUGUUCUUCACAGAUUUCAUGGGCCAGAUCGUGUACCACGGGAACCCCUACAGCGCGCACAACUCCACGGAGUUCCUCACCUACGAGAGAGGCGUGGAGGUCGGGUGCUGGGGCCUGUGCGUCAACGCCCUGUUCUCCUCGCUCUAUUCCUACUUUCAGAAAGCGUUGGUGUCCUUCGUCGGACUGAAGGGUCUUUACUUCACGGGGUAUUUGCUGUUCGGCCUGGGGACGGGACUUAUCGGGCUCUUCCCGAAUGUCCACUCCACCCUGGUGCUGUGCGCCUCGUUCGGCGUGAUGUCCAGCACCCUGUACACCGUGCCCUUUAACCUCAUGGCCGAGUACCACCUCGAGGAGCAGGAGGAGCAGAGGAAGCAGGCCCAGGGAGGGGGCCCGGACGGCAGCGGAAGAGGGCAGGGCCUGGACUGCGCCACCCUCACCUGCAUGGUGCAGCUGGCUCAGGUGCUGGUCGGAGGGGGCCUGGGCUUUCUGGUCAACUUGGCCGGCAGCGUCGCCGUCGUGGUGCUCACCGCCUCCCUGGCAGCGCUGAUUGGCUGCUGCUUCGUGGCUGUCUUUGUGAGAUACAUGGAUUAGGUCAAUAAAGAGUCUUGUUCCCUACCCUCA